GCAGCAUCUUGGAGCUUGCCAACGACCUUGAAGGGCUUCAAAGUACUCGGAGGCCAUUGUAACAAUAGCAGCAGAGAUUCCGUUCAAGAGAAAAUUCACAAAAUAAUUUUGGUGCUCUCAAGCUUUUCUUCCCAAAUCGCAUUUCUGCCUUUCACCUUCCAGUCACUCCCUCCCUCACCUUUGCCCUUGGAUUUAAUAAUCCGCGACAAUCCUUUCAACUGCGAUCGCACAAACCCAAACCUCGAAAUUUGCGACAAGCAACGAGCUUCAUUUCCCUGCCGCCACGCAAUUCCACAAACCUCAUCGAUCUUGUAACGUUUAUCCACCAGGUCGAUUCAGUCGCUGUUCCGCCCACAUCUACGAGUUACGCUCUUUUCGAUCACAGAGCACGAGCGCAUUCAUAUCUGUACACAACAGACCGUGGUCGGGCCUCUGAGAACGGAUGAGAGGCUCGUAGGAGGUAUCGUCGCGCCAGGGCAGCUGGACUUCGAAGAGGCGCACUUGCGCGACUACUUAAAUCUUGAGGUCUUGCGCCGACAGGUCGAACGACAUGGACGCCAAUGGCCUACCCGUGGGUGAGAAGCUCAAGCUCGAACCCGAGUAUGGCUUCGUCGUAGUAAGCCAGAAGGUGGAACUAGACGUUGAUUUCGCGACACAAAGCCUGACGGGGCGCUGCGAGAUCACCAUUCUGCCAAAUCACAACGAGCUCAAGGAGAUUACAUUGGACGCCCGGCAGUGUAUCAUAAACUCGGGUCAGGUCAAGGUGGAAGGAACCGCUGCGGAGUUCUCGUACGAGGACCCUAUGGAGAUGCUUAACGUUCCUGAGAAUUGGCUUUUGGGAGUCCACCAGGCUACGCAGCAGAAGUCCAGACUGAAGCCGGUGGCCAUGACUGAGGACAUGAGAUCGAAUGGCUCGCUGGUCAUCACUCUACCACCUAGUGUCAAAGUCACGGAGGCAGAUCCCAUGUCUGAGAGCGCUGUCCCUUUCGCCGCUUUUCGAGCAGCGGGCUUGCCAGGCAUGCGGACACCUUCAGUUGCUCUUGACGCGCCUCCUUCAGCGGUUUUGGCGGCUCCUAGGACAGCUAUUGGUGGAAUCUCAAACUACAAGACUCUCGUCGUCAGCAUAAACUUCGCCGUCAAUAGCUUCAGAGAAGGUCUCCACUGGGUCGGCGUGAAUGAAAGCGACCAGCGAUAUCCGCAUGUCUAUACUAGACACAGCAUUGACCGAGGAAUUGCUUCUUGCAUAUUCCCUUGUGUUGAUGACUCGAGUAUGAGAUGCUCUUGGGAGAUUUCUAUCAGAUGCUCAAGGACUCUUGGAGAUGCGCUGAAGCGUCGCUCAUUUCCGGCGACUCGCAAGCUUAAUGGACUUCCUAAAAGUGGGCAUCACGAAGAGCAUGAAGAGCAAGAGGAGAUUCUCAGCGAAGAUGAUAAGCUGUUGGAAUUGACAGUUGUUUGUUCCGGCGAGUUGACGAACGAUAUUACAGAUCUUCAGGAUAGCUCAAAGAAGAUAGUAUCCUUCUACGUAGAGAAGCCUGUUGCUCCUCAGCACAUUGGCUUCUCUAUUGGUCCCUUUGAGCAAGUCGAUCUAUCAGAGUUCCGCGAAGUGGAAGAUGAUGAGAAGCUUGGGCAAAGCCAGGUCAUCCCAGUAUGGGCGUACUGUCUACCGAACCGCUCUCCUGAAGUUCGACAUCUUUGUGCUCCACUGGCUCACACAGUAGACUACUUCCUACUUGCCUUUGGAGCUUUUCCUUUCUCAGACUGUCGGCUUAUCUUCGUUGAUGACCAGGUUCAUGACACUGAGCAUGCAGCAUCGCUUACCAUCUGCAGUAAUCGACUUCUGUUUCCUGAGAAGAUAACUGACCCGGAAGUCGAGAACGUCCGCACACUGGUUCAUGGGAUUGCAAGUCAGUGGAUUGGUGUUGGUAUUACCCCUGCACAGCCUCACGAUAGAUGGAUUACGGUUGGCUUAUCUCAUUACAUUACUGGCGUUUUCAUGAAGACCCUUUGUGGCAACAACGAAUAUGCAUUUCGCCAAAAGACGUUGUCGGACAAGCUGGUAGAGCUAGACUUUCAAAGACCCUCUCUCUACGCUCUAGGCGAGGUCCUCAACCUCGGAUCUUUUGAGUACGAGUUCAUGAGCCUAAAGGCACCCCUUGUUAUGUUCAUUCUGGAUAGAAGACUUCUCAAAGCUACGGGCUCAGGCGGGCUCCAUCGAGUCAUCCAGAGACUUGUCGUCCUUGCUAAUACUGCCUCCGAGAAUACGGUAUCUACAGACGGUUUUCGCAAGUUGUGCGAAAAGAUCACAAAAUACCGACAACUUGAUACCUUCUGGAAUCAAUGGGUUCUGGGUUCUGGAUGCCCAAGAUUCACCAUCAACCAGAAGUUCAAUAAAAAGAGAUUGUGUGUUGAGCUACUGAUAUCUCAGAAGCAAGACACAAUGCCAACCCAAAGAGCUCUACAGAAGGAUUCCUUUCUCCGAGAAGUUAAGGAAGAAGUCCAUAACAUCUACGCACCAGACGUUCAAGCAGUCUUCACUGGACCAAUGACGAUUCGGAUCCAUGAGGCUGAUGGAACCCCUUAUGAACAUAUCGUUGAGAUCCGAGAAGCGUCACAGAAGAUUGAUAUUCCUUAUAACACCAAGUAUAAGCGGCUGAAGAAAAGUCGGAAGCAGAAAGAGCGUCUAAAUGCUGGAGGGGCAGAUCCCAAUGCCGAAGGUGGAGAUGACUCUCUUCUGUACUGCUUGGGUGACGUGCUACAGAGAGACGAGGAUAAGGAUGAGUGGGGACUGAGAGACUGGGAUGCAGAUACCGAGGCCAAGAUGGAUAUGGAAUCAUAUGAGUGGAUUCGUGUUGACGCCGAUUUUGAGUGGCUUUGUGAAAAGCACUUCCCGAGCAUGGCUUCGUACAUGUACGUCUCCCAGCUCCAGCAGGAUAAGGAUGUUGUUGCUCAGCAAGAGUCAAUGCUGUACCUUCAAACCGUACCGCCUCAUCCACUCGUCUCGACCUUUUUGACCAGAACAAUGAUGGACACUCGCUACUUCCAUGGCAUUCGCACCAUGGCGGCUUUGGCCCUUAAAACCCAUGCCGGGUCUUCUACUCAGUUCAUCGGUAUGAAGCAGCUUGCGAAGGCCUACUCGCAAUUCUUCUGCUACCCUAAUAGCACGACCCCGAAACCCAACGACUUCAGUGACAAGAGAGCUUACAAAGUCGAGAUGGCUAUCAUCAAGUCAUUCUCCAUGAUUCGGGAUAACCACGGAAAUUGCCCCAAGAAAGCUCGUGCAAUUCUCCUUGACAUACUACGAUUCAAUGAGAACUCCAGCAACCAAUUUUCGGACAACUUCAAAAUCACAACUUUAUUGUCUGCACUCGCUGAUUCCCUCAUCCCCAAGAAGGACGCGAAUAACGUUCUCGACAUGGGAGACGAUGACGACGAUCCUGAGCCUAUGGAAUUUCGAAAGGCUGUUGUCGACGAGCUGGAUCGUUACCGUCGUAAUGAUGAGUGGAUCGAUUCUUACCACAACUCCUUCACAGUCACGGUUCUGGAUUGUAAGCAGCGCCUCAUGAAGGCCAAAGUUAUUCCUCUUGAUGCAGUGGAAUUUGCACAGUAUCUCCAUGAUGGCAGUUCAGAAUAUGUCCGGAUCAAGGCAUUCUCUGCUCUGAUCGAACUUGGCUUCCUGACAAACAACUCGGUUGCCUCUCUCCUCCUCAAUUGUGCUAGCACAGACCCCUCGCCAUAUGUCCGUAGACAUCUUUUUGAGAUCUUCUGUGUAGGUGUUGCUGCAAUUGCCUUUGGACACGACAAGAAACCCGAACCAUCUAAGCCCAAGACUAAUGGUGUUGCGGCUGUGAAUGGGGACAAUGAUGUUGUGAUGGGCGGUACAGGAGCUGCACCAGCCGGAGCAGAAGGUGGAGAUGGUGGAUUGAUCAUCGAGGAAGAUGCAACUCGUGAUACGGAAGCUCGUGCAGCUCACAUCGCCCGGACCAAGACUCUUGACGGUGCCCUGGCAGCACUAAAGCUUGAGCUCAAGGACAACGAGGAGUUGAAGCAAGCAAUCUGGAAAGCUGUUAAAUCACCAGUCAUAGGUUUCGUGGAGCAGCUGGAUAUCCUGGAUAUCUGCCAGGUCAUCUACAAUGUAGUGGAGUCCUUGACAGUCAAGUUGGUGUACCCCAAGUACUGGAAGGUCACUCACUUGGGCAAAUGCAAACUUGUCUUCAGCCAAACAGACAAAAUCCGGACAAAACCAGUUACGCAGCCUCCUCCUGCUACCUUGGUGGUCGAACCUCCGAAGGCGGCCCCAAUACCACCGCCACCCGCACCAGCUCCUGUCAUGGUACCAAUGUCAACACCAAAACCAGCUCCGCCUGCUCAAACGAAUUCAUCUCAGAAUCUCAAACUCACCUUUAACAACAAAGCCGUCAGUGCUGGAGGUGGAGCGGUUUACACGCAAAGUCCUAAGCCACCAACACCCUCAGUCGAAUCUAUGGCACCCCCGCCACCCAAAUCUGCUCCAAAGCGUCCAGCACCAGAACGUACGCCAAGUGUGGAUGACCGUCCAAGAAAGAGAGUGAAAAUAGUUGCACUACACUUCACAGAAUCAGGUUUUCAAAAAUCUUUGGAGAUACAACGGUUGCCACCUAACCCUGCACCGGUUCGUGCGAAGUCAUCUACAAAGAGCGAAUCCCCUGGUCCUCGACCGUCCCCCAGACCAUCCCCAGGGCCCAAGGGAACCUCUGGACAACGACAUGCACUACCUUCCGGCAAUACAGGACAGCGGACAGGCCUGCCAAGCACUCCUUCGGCCAGUAGAACUCCUCUACCAGUAGGUUCAGCUGGCAGAACUCCCCUCCCCCAGACUUCAGUCAAUGGCAGAACUACACUCCCAGCAGCUACUUCGGCACACAGAACCGCACUUCCUCAAGCUGCUUCUACUCCCCGGCACCCACUGCCUCCAAGUCCUGCGCCAUCAAGUAAUCACUCCAUGUCUCCAGCACCCCAGAACGCUUCCGUUGUGAAUCGAACGAUUCUGAAAAUCCGUAAGCCUCUUCCGGACGCUGUGCCACGUCCAACUACUCACACAGCCCCUCCAGUGAACACCUCUACCUCUACUUCUACCACUACUCCAGCUGCGAGGCCUUCCAGAAUCGUUAAACUACCGGCGCCAAGGGACUUUUUGCGGAGACUUGGUUAAUGGCGUUAGGUUGGGAAAGGAAACUUUACACAUGCAUUUAGCGAAAAGGCGUUCGUGGGACAUUUUCAUCGACGGGACGAUGAUUUCCAUUUGAUUUUUUUGAUUCGUAGAUAGUUGUCAGUCUGUAUUGGUGAAGACUGAGGAACAAAGGCCGUUGGAUGUGGGAGAAGUAAAACUAGCUGCGCGUUGCAUAGUCAUUCUGUGUAACGUGGCAUGACAUGGAGGCUCCUUCCAGAAUUUGGCGCUUGAAAGCGAGCUUGUACAGUGAAGGAUUUCAGUGGAGGAGAAAGGAAACGAAUCCAAAUCUCGCACAGUGGCUUUCAUUUGUUUCGUCGUGAUCUCUUUCCGCGGUCCUCCAAACUCCCUCACCCUCGUUAUGUCACCGUCAAACUUCCCCUCCCAUCUCCACAUGCAGCAGCUUGACAUGUGCAUUCCUUCGAGAUCUCAACCUCUCGAGCCACCCGCGUUCCCCAUUCCGAGUCCCAGUCUCUCUUCCCUUGUCUUUACCUGUGACCUGGCUCUAUCACCUGGCAAGGGUCGCAAUUCAUCAUUUGGAUCGCGAAAGUUCUGAGAUUUUUGUUGCUGUUGUGGCGUGCCAUAUUGAGCGCGCAUCUCUGCUUCCAUAGCGGCCUGCUCUUGCAAUUGGGCUUCGUGUGCGCGCCUGUCUUCGUAAGUAGCUAUAUCCUCCGUGGUGAGCGUGAUUGCUGUUGGUUUGCGACGGAGCAUGGUCGCGAUCUCAGCAAGUACUGAAUUCUUUUUGGAAGGGGCGAUUGUGUGCGACGGUGCGAGUAAAAGAAUUUGUCCUUUUAGCUUUGAAUGUUUUGAAUUCAAAAUUUGAGAAACUGGUCUGUUUGAGUGAAGUUCGAGGUAGUUGGUACUUGUGAGGUCUUCAGCUCAACCUAGACGCGAAACUAUG